CGAUGUGUUGAUGUUCUCUUUGGCUUAAGCUUUAUUUGCCUAACCACGCCCCUCGCCAGGGAUUCUUGUCAGUUAGCAACAAAAUGGCCGCAACUGCCCAUCUUCUGUCUCCUGUCAGCGGAUCCGCGUAAGCGCUCUGUAGAGAAACGGGAGGGUGACAGCAGCCGAAUAUUCACCUCACUGGCGAGGAAGCCCUCUCCCCCAUAAUCUCCAGUGCCACCGGAUCCUCUGCUCGCACCCUACGGGGGUCAACAGCGUACUGCGUAGGGAUCGUGGACGUGUCCCGGGGGAGCGGCACUGAGAGUCGGGGAUUGUUUUUUCCGUUAAUCAGCGACUGUGCUGCCAGCAGUCUCCACCUGGCUGAGCCCGGACUUCUCCUUCUGCGGGACUGGCCUGGCGCUGCCCCUUACCUUCCGGCCUCGCUGGAUCCCUCCGAGUGUCUCAGGGGUCCCCUCCUCCUCACCGUGCCUCUGAAGAGGAGAACUCAGCGGUCGAGGGACCAUAGGGAGCUGGCGGCCGAGACCGAGCCUCCACCUAGCCGGAUAGUGCAAGCCCGAGCUGCGAGGAGAGGAGAACAGGGAGAAGGAGGAAGAAACUCAAAAAGAGGAACAUUUGAUGGAAGAAAAGAAAAAGAAAAAGCAGGAAGAAAAGAAGAAGAAGGAAGGUGCUCAGAAAAAGGCUGCUGAACAAAAAACCAAAGUGCCAGAACCAAUCAAGACCAAUUCCAGCCAGCCCCAAUCUGCCACCAGUACUUCCACCAGCACCGUCCCAAACAGCAAUGGCAAGCGUUCGUCUGCCAACGGCCUGCAAGCUGCGGCCUCCCGUUAUCUGCCACGUGAGGUGCCUCCCCGCUUCCGACAGCAAGAACAGAAGCAGCUGUUGAAGAGAGGACAGCCGUUGCCCACGGGGGCGCUGUCCACGACUAACCCUACACAGGAUACCGGGCAAGCUUCAGUGAGCCCCACUCGACAGCAAGGUGCCGGUGGUCUUCUCAAUCCCACCAAGACACAGUCUGAUCUCAAUCGCAGUUGUUUGGGAGACCAUUAUGACAAUUCCCACUGGGGGUCGCAGGCUACUCUCAGAGGUGAACCUACGUCCAGCUGGGAUAAAGUGAUAAUAGACAGGACUGACAAAGAAGAGUGGCCUUCUAUUACAGGAACCGAGACUGAGUCUGCCUCAGAAUGUACUACAGACACUGACUCUGCCUCCAAUUGUGGCUCUGAGAAAAGUAGCAUGGCUAUGAGUGCCCAAGGCAACUUCACUGGACAUGCAAAGAAAACAAAUGGCAAUAAUGGCACCAAUGGAGCACUCGUCCAAAGCACUUCUAAUCCGAGUGCCCUUGGAGCUGGAGGAGCUAAUGGGAAUGGAAACUUAGCCAGGGUUUGGGGCGUAGCUCCAGGCUCCAGCCCUGCCAUUGGUCAUUGUUCCUCCAGCAGUGGGGAUGGGAAUGUGGACAGUUUAACUGGGGAGGGUAGGAGUCCGAACUGCUGGGGUGCUUCCAACUCAAAUACAGGUGUUAAUCUUAAUCUUAACCCAAAUGCCAACCCAGCUGCCUGGCCUGUACUUGGACAUGAUGGAACUAUGAGUGGAUGUAGUCCUUCCAGUAUUUGCGGUCCAGUUGGUGCCAUGAGUCAGAAUAUUGGCAACCAGAAUGGAAAUCCCACAGGUACUUUAGGCGCCUGGAGAAACAUGCAGUCACAAGAGAGCACAGAAUCACAAACGUCCACGUCUCAGAAUGUGUCUUUCAGCAUGCAACCUCAGAACCUUAACACUGAUGGACCAAAUAACACUAACCCCAUGAAUUCUUCAACAAACCCUAUCAAUGCAAUGCAGACAAAUGGACUGCCCAAUUGGGGGAUAGCUGUUGGAAUUGGGAGCAUCAUCCCACCUCACCUGCAAAGCCUUCCUGGUGCUAGUGGCAAUGGCUCAGUUUCUCAAGGGGUCGGUGACAGUACAGGCAAUUCAGUGUGGGGUUUAUCACCAAGUGUGUCUGCUGCAGGAAGCUGCAACACUGGGUUUAGUCAGGAAAUUGGAGAUCCUGUCAUUUCAGCUGCAAAUAAACAAAAUGGAUCAGGUUGUGUUGUGCAGAAAGAGGGAAAUGGAGUCAGUGCGUGGGAUUCGGGACCGCCAACUAGUCCAGGGGUACUAGCAUGGGGCAGAGGUAGAGGGAGUGUUGGAAAUACACAUACUGGACCUUGGGGUGCAGGCCGUGGCUCUACCAGUAGUGUGAAUGGUGAGUGGGGUAGGGUCCCGAACCAGCAUUCCACCAGUGAUAUCAGUGGAAAAGGAUCAUGUGGCUGGGAUAGUCCUACUGCUACCAUGCCCAAUUCUGUUACACAACUGGGUGAUAAUAUAAAUUCGAGGGCCAAAGUUUUAACAUCUGGCACUGCUGCUAGUGAAAUAAGUAGUGACUGUAGUGGAAAACAAAAUGAAGUAAGAGGAGUAGAUGGUGAGCGGGUUGAUAAAGGGAUUACAGAUCAAGGCCAGAUCCAGUUGCCAAGACAAGAUCUUGAUCCCAGGGUUCUCUCCAAUACUGGAUGGGGUCAGGUCCCAGUGAAGCAAAACAUUGCAUGGGAUUUUGACGAAUUUCAGCGGACUGAUAGAAAGAAUACUGGGACAGAAGCUUGGGGUUGUUCAAGCACUCAGCCUUCAAACUCAGGGGGGAAGAGUGAAGGGUCCAUCAUGAACAGUACAAAUACCUCUUCAGUAUCUGGUUGGGUUAGCUCCCAACCUAUAUCUGCUCCUAUAAAUGCAAGUUGGGUGGAUAACACAGCGCCAAAUGGUCCAGUUGGGUGGGGAGAUCCUUCAAGCUCUGCUGCCGUUAAUGCUGCUGCCAAAAGCGGUCACGCUUGGAGUGGAUCCGCUAAUCAGGAUGGCAAAUCACCCACUUGGAGUGAGCCUCACAAGCCCAAACCUCAAAGUUGGGGGGAUGGGCAGAAAUCAAAUACAGGCUGGAGUCCUGCAGGUGGAGACUGGACUGAGGUGUCCCCUGUUCCUGCACAUGUGACUGAUGGGAAGAAUAACGGUAUAGGAUGGGACACUGACAGCAAGUCUGGAACUGGAUGGAAUGAGAAUACACGAUCUGGGACCAGUGGGUGGGGAAAUGGCACAAGCACCAAGGCUAAUUCGGGUACAGGCUGGGGGGAUACUUUGAAAGCUCCUCAGCAGAACUGGGCUAAUAAAAACCAAGAUGGCAAUGUAAGUGGUUGGGGAGGAGCUACUGCUGUAAAGCAGACUGGAUCUGGGUGGGUAGGAGGACCAGGACCAGCACCACUACCAGCCAAGCAGAAGGACAUUAACAAUGACUGCAAUGGCUGGGAAGAACCUUCCCCACCGUCCGUUCGACGCAAAAUGGAAAUUGAUGAUGGUACCUCAGCUUGGGGAGACCCAAACAAUUACAACAGUAAAACUGUUAACAUGUGGGAUAGGAAUAAUCCUGUAGUUCAGACGAUUCCCUCAACUAACACAAGCUCAAGCACCACUCCUACCACCACCCCGAAUACCAGUCUGGUUGAACCUCCGCCGCCUCAUCAGCCAAGUGCCCAGCAGAACCGUUCCCCACUGCUUGGUUCAGGCUGGGGAGACAUGCCUCCUGUUCACCCCAAGACUGAAACCUCCUGGGGAGAGCCCUCAUCUCCAUCUACUGCGGUGGAUAAUGGUACUUCUGCAUGGGGGAAGCCCUCCAACAGCGCUUCAGGGUGGGCUGAUGGCUCUACAGAAUCCCCAGAGACAUACGGAAGGCCAAGUGCUCCAGCUGCUGCCCCUGUGCUGUGCAAACCAGCUUCAAAAUCUAUGCAAGAAGGCUGGGGUAGUGGUGGAGACGAAGUUAGUCUUGCCAGCCAGUGGGAGGAUGAGGAGAGCGACAUGUGGAAUAACGCUGCUUCCCAGGACAGCAACUCCUCCUGUAAUUCUUGGGGGAACGGCCCCAAGAAAGGACUUUCUAAGGGCAUGAAGACUUCAAGCAAGUCAGAUGAGGCCUGGAUCAUGAGCAGACUGACUAAACAGCUCACUGACAUGGGCUUCCCAAAAGAGCCUGCUGAAGAGGCCUUGAAGAGCAACAGUAUGAAUCUAGACCAGGCCAUGAGUGCUCUUCUGGAAAAGAAGGUGGAGAUGGACAAGCGUGGAUUGGGAAUGGCAGACUAUAACGCAAUGGUCGCCAAACCCUUGAGCUGCCGCCCACCACCAAUCUCCAAAGAGUCUUCCAUGGACCGUCCCACGUUCCUUGACAAGCUCACCAUCUCUCUCUCCAAUCAGGAUGGCGGCCUAGUGGAAGAGCCCACUUCUUCACCAUUUUUGCCUUCACCAAGUCUGAAGCUCCCCCAUUCGAACGGGGCACUUGCUAAUCAGGCCCUGGGUGGCAUGACACCAGGACUAAGCAUACAGAACUUGAAUUCCUCUAGACAGAUUCAGAGUGGCAAUCUGGGUAUGUUUGGCAAUAGCGGAGCAGCACAAGCCAGGUCCAUGCAGCAGCCACCACCGCCAGUGCAACCUCUUAACUCAUCCCAGCCUAGUCUUCGUGCUCAAGUGCCUCAGUUUUUAUCCCCUCAGGUUCAAGCACAGCUUUUGCAGUUUGCAGCAAAAAACAUUGGUCUCAAUCCUGCACUAUUAACCUCGCCAAUUAAUCCUCAGCAUAUGACCAUGUUGAACCAGCUCUAUCAGCUGCAGCUGGCAUAUCAGCGUUUACAGCUCCAGCAGCAGAUGUUACAGGCUCAGCGUAAUGUUUCCGGACCCAUGAGACAGCAGGAGCAGCAAGUUGCACGUACAAUCAAUAACAUGCAGCAGCAGAUACAGCAACAUCAACGCCAACUAGCACAGGCGCUGCUCAUGAAGCAGCAGCCCCCUCCUCACCCAUCUUUGCACCCUUCGUCAGGCAAGUCGGCGCUGGACAGCUUUCCAUCCCAUUCCCAAGCACCCGGCCUGGCUGAUCUGCACACCAAAGAGCAGCAGUCUUCAUCCAACACCUACCCCCCAUAUCCUCUUGCUGCUGGUAUGAACACCAACAUGAAUGUGAACAGCAUGGACUUAGCGGGCAGCUUGUCGGUGAAGGAUACAUCUCAGUCCCAGUCUCGCCUCCCGCAGUGGACUCACCCUAACUCCAUGGACACCCUGACGAAUGCUGCUUCUCCUCUUGACCCGAGCCCUGGCAAGUCCAUAGCAGGUGCGCUUUCUGGCGGUUUAAGUAUCGGUCCACCAGGCAAGUCCUCUUUGGAAGACUCGUACAGCCGAUUUGAUCUCCUCCCCAGCAGCGAAUCCCCGAACAGCCCUCCUGUAGCUGUCCCAGACAGCUGGUCACGUGUCAAACCUGAGAAUGAAAAGAUCUCUAACGGAUCCAGCAUCACCUGGCCACCUGAAUUUCAUCCAGGAGUCCCUUGGAAAGGACUGCAGAAUAUUGAUCCUGAAAAUGAUCCUGAUGUGACUCCUGGGAGUGUCCCCACAGGACCCACCAUCAACACCACCAUUCAAGAUGUCAACCGCUAUCUGCUCAAGAGUGGAGGUAAACUUUCAGAUAUAAAGUCCACCUGGUCACCCAACCCCAUUUCUCACACUCAAGCAUCUCUGUCCCAUGAACUUUGGAAGGUACCCAGAAAUACUACGGCUCCUACUAGACCACCUCCUGGGCUGACCAACACCAAACCAUCCUCGGCCUGGGGCUCCAACCAACUGGGCUGGCCAAGCUCCUACUCCUCCGCUUCCACCUGGAGCACUGAUAGCUCAGGAAGAACUAGCAGCUGGCUGGUCCUGCGCAAUCUCACCCCUCAGAUUGAUGGGUCUACCCUGAGAACCCUGUGUCUGCAGCACGGCCCCCUCAAAACAUUCCACCUGAAUCUUACCCAAGGCAACGCUGUCGUCAGAUACAGCUCCAAGGAAGAAGCCACCAAGGCCCAAAAAUCCCUGCACAUGUGUGUUCUUGGUAACACUACUAUCUUGGCAGAGUUUGCUGGUGAAGAGGAGGUGAACCGCUUCUUGGCACAAGGGCAGCCGCUGCCCCCUACUUCCAGCUGGCAAUCUAAUUCUGGAAACAGCCAGCCCAGGCUGGGUACAGGAGGGAGCAGCCACACGUUGGUACGCAGCGACACUGCUCACUGGAAUCCAACUUGCCUGAGUGCCAAGGCAAACAACGACUUGCUCUGGGGUGGGGUCCCACAGUAUUCCAGUAGCCUCUGGGGUCCCCCUGGAACAGAUGAUUCCAGGAUAAUCCGCAGCCCUACACCUCUGAACACUCUCCUGCCAGGUGACUUGCUGAGUGGAGAGUCCAUCUGACGUUCUGGGGAUGCAGGGUCAUCAGUCUCACAAGUUCAUCAGCACUAGUAAAAAAAAAAAAAAAAAAAAAAGUCAAACCUAAACCUUUCUGCUCCGGCCCCUGAGAGGAAUCCAGCUUAACCGGGCCCCAGCCUUUUCUUCGUGCAGUAUCUUCUCUGAUCACACUCCCUAUGGCACCCUUGUGAACUGUUCCUGGUGGCAGUAUGGGCUCAGUGGGAGGGAGAGAUAAGGAAGGAUAUAGGAGAAAGUGGCCUUGGAGGUUCUUUGUUGCUUUACAGACAGUAAAUAUUUCUUUUUCUUUUAAAGUAUUGAGAGAGAGAGAGAAACAAUGAACGCUGCUUUUGCUUGGACUAGAACAUAAGGGCACUUUUCAAAUGGCGGGGAGAGUUACAUUGAUAUUGGGUGGGUUGUUAUUAAUUAAGAGUGGGGUUCAAAAGCCUAAUCUGAAAUGAGCCUUGGACUUUUUCGCAUAUCAGACGGGGCACAUGAAUCAGAAGGGGAAGGAUCUGCAUUUCUGUAUAUGCACACAGCUGGAUAUUAUGUUUGUGGAGAAGCAAAGGAAUGAAGGCUAUAGUUUGGUUACCCAGUGGAUCUGCCUAUGCACAUAACUUCUAUCCAGAGCUUCUGCUCCUUUCAUAGCCUUUUUUUUUGUUUGUUUUAAAACGAUUCCUCUCAAAACACUAUUUUUUUCUUCUAGCUCCCAUACAUCAUAUCAGCUCUUAGAUAUACUUGAAUUCCAGUGUCUACUCAAAUUGUAGCUCCUCGUGUGAUCUUCAAACUUCUGCCACAUCUGGCAUUGAAGUCUCUCUUUACUAGUUUGAGAGACACAUCACGUUAUAUGAAGAGCAGAGUGAUUUUUUUUUUUUCACCCCAUUGGCUACUUGCACAGAACCACGUCCCCUCGCCCCCCCCCCAGAAUACCCUAUCAUGCUUUUAGAAGACCUACAUUGCUGUGCACAAAUGUACAUUUUUUUUGUAAUGAACCAGAUUUUCUGGCCUCUAAGGAUUGAAAACAAAAAAGAAUAA